GGUUAGCAGUGAGAACAUGCUGGUCUGCUCGGCCGAUACGCCGAUGGCGGGCGAGAUAUUUCAAGGACGGGCUGACGGAGCCGUUAAGAUGCGGGACGCGGCAUUGCGUGCUCACCAGAAGCUACAGGCGCAUGCGGUAGAGUAGCAGAAGCAGCAGCAGCAGCAGCAGUCGCAGUAGCAGUAGCGUGCGUGUUUGAGAAAGAGCCUACAGGCCGCGUGAGCAGAGAUAUAUACGGCAACGUCAGACAAAGACUUCCUGACGUUCCUACGCGGUAACACGGACGAUAGUUUAUAGUUGCCGUCACAACAACAGCAGCAACAGCAGCAACUUCAGCAACACUAAAGAUGACAGGCGGCUGUCGGAUACUCGCGCUUUGCGCCCUGCUAGCUGUCGUCGGCGUCGUCUCCGGUAAGACGCUGAGGCGCGACAAGCGCUUCUUCCUGCCGCAGACCGUCGUCGACCAGUGCGAUCCAAACGUCGGAAACCUGACGUUCGCCGCCGACCCGAACAACUGUCAAGUGUUCUACAGUUGCGUUCACGGCUGGCCGAAGAUGGAGCUGUGCCCAGGAUUUGGUGUGUACAACCCAGGUAGCCAGCGGUGCGAGGAUGAAGAGGCGGCAGUCAACGACGUCUGCGGUCAUAUACCGCCUUCUCAGCUAACCGCCGCCCUUGACGACGUCAAUGUGGAUGCUGCUGAACCGUGCGAUCGCAAUCGCUGCCGACUGCCCGAGUGUCGCUGCAGCGGCGCCGACAUUCCUGGCGACCUGCUCGCGAGCGAGACGCCGCAGAUGGUGCUCAUCAUGUGGGACAACUCGAUCCGCGUGGCCGACUACGCGCAUUUAUACCAGCAGGUAUUCAGCAAGGUUGACGAAAGACGGGCCCGGAACAGGAGGCUUAAUCCAAACGGAUGUCCGGUGGCCGGCACUUUCUUUGCGACGCAUCAGUUCACGGACUAUGCAGCCGUGCAGUCGCUAUUUAAGCAUGGACACGAGAUCGCCGCGAACACUAUCACCGGUACAUUCGAUCUGUACGCUGACGGAUGGAGACAGGCGAACGCUCAGCGCUGGUCCAGAGAGCUCGGUCUACAGCCAUCGAUGCUUUCCCGCUUUGCCAACAUACCCGAUAGCGAGAUCCGCGGGGCGCGCGCCCCCUACAUUCAACCGGGCGGCAACCAGCAGUUCAUGGCCGUUAUGGAGAACGGCUUUCUGUACGACUCGAGCCUCGUCACUCUCCAGAUGGACCCGCCGAUCUGGCCCUACACGCUCGACUAUCUAUCAGAAGCCGGCUGCCUCGUGAAGCCGUGCCCGACGUCUUCGUUCCGCGGCGUCUGGGAGGUGCCACUCGUCGCCUGGCUCGAUACGAACGACACGUUCUGUAGCAACGUCGACAGCUGCUACUUCCCCAACGACAAGGAGGAAGCCCUCACGCUGCUGAGAUCGAACUUCCGGCGCCAUUACGACAGCAAUAGAGCGCCCUUCGUGAUGUCCCUGCGACCAAGGUGGUUCUACGAAGCUUACUAUAACCUGGAAGCACUGCAGGAGUUCAUGGACGAACUGCAAGCACUUGAUGACGUCUAUUUCGUUACCGCGACGCAGGCGCUUAACUGGAUCCGUCGGCCAACCCGCUUGGCUGACGUAAAAUCAUUCGACGGUUGGUCAUGCGACGCACCCCCGCCGUCAAUGUGUGACCGCCCCUCACUCUGUGGCUACUUCAACAUUACAUAUCGGCCGAAUUCAGAGGAGCACCAGGGAGACCGCUUCUUCCAGACGUGCAACACAUGUCCGGCUGAAUAUCCAUGGCUAGAUAACCCUCUCGGCCAGUAGGUGCCGCGCACACGCGCAUGUACUGCUGGCGCCAUCUUCAGCUGGAAUCGUUAAACCUAACUGAAACCCACGAACGAGUAUUUGUAAGAGGUGUCUUGGAGGUGUGUGUAACCUGGUGUUGUGCACGAUACCUCUAAAAUGUGCCAGCCAUUCACACCACUAGUUAAUCCAAUAUCUCGAUUUAUAACAAUCCGUAGCUAGCUGAUGACCGUAACUGUACCAGUGUAUUUGAGAUAUUUCUUGCAAUUUUUAAUCUAGCUUUAUCUUAUAUAUAUUUAGUUUGGGCUCGAGAGGUAUCAUCAUCAUAAUGGCAUAGUGCCUAUAAGCAAGUACGAAGUCUAUAACAUGCAAAUUGCACCCGUUAGGUUUUAUUAAAAUGGCUUAAAGUCUUUUUAUAUAGAGUCCAGCUUAUUUAAUAGCAAAAUUGUAAAUAGUGCAACAAACGCACUUGAAUUUAACAAACGAGUAUUUCUCGUAUUAGGCACGAUUAGUCAACAGUAUCCAAUUACUUGCAAACUCAAUUACUUGCAGACUUGUUUUAAAUACGCUCUAACAUUAUAACGCCAAUUGUAAGAACAUUAUGCAUUGCGGGCUUUGCCACCAAGACUACAUAAGUGUAGCUGUGUAUGGAUUUCCUUGUCACCUCGCUGAUUAGAACAAUUGGAACGACAAGUCUUAUGUUAAGUUUUAACCGACACGCAAUGACACCCAGUGCGCGAAUCAACGUACGAUUUAGAACGAAACUUUUCCAGCAUACAGAUAAACGAGGAUUUAACUUCAAUCACAAUCAACAGAGCAGAGUUUACGUUAAUACGGUAACUGCGUAUCUACAAGUAAUUUAUGUGAAACUCAAUUCAAAACUGUGAAUUUUGGGUCAGACCUUAUGUGAUAUAGAAUAGAAAAUGUAUAGUUAAAAGUGAGAUGCUCGUCUGUUUAUCUCAGAAGAGGCGUGAAGGUUGAGCUUCGCGCUUAAAAUAUUAAGUAAGUUGUUCGUUUAACACGAAUCGCGUUCAAUUUACUUGCGACCUAAACGAUUUAAUUGUGUAAAUAACAUGUUUAUUACCGGGGAAAAUGCAUUUAUAUCGUCCGAUUUUCUACGUACUGCGUGAGCCAUUUUAGACAGACUUCUCUCAUUUUAAUUAGGACCGAUAACCCGAUUGUUAUCUAGAGCGUCACAGAGUCCGUAGGGUAGUGUUAUAUAUAUAUAUAUGUAAUAUAUAUACUGUAUAUGUAAAUAUAUAUAUAUAUACCGUAUAAAUAAGUAUCAUAUAUAUAUAUAUAUAUAUAUAUAUAUAUAUAUAUAUAUAUAAUGUGUACACUUAAGUAUGUACUUAGACGUACAAUUUCCAGUGUAGAUUUACGUUGUUGUACUGUAGGCAGUUCACGAAUUUGUUACAUAAGUUUAUAAAGAUCGUGCUUAUGCAUUAGAUUGGCUGUACAAAUUUGACUAGUAUGCUGACUGACCUUGCUCAGCCGUAGACGUUACGUAUGCUAGUGUUGUUAUUUAUUCGCAGAACGUGGAUGACACUAAUGUGUGUGAAUAUAGAGACAGUAUUGUAACGAUUGUCUAUGCUACGAAUACUAGCAAGAAUUUACUUACUUAUUAUUUAAUCCACGGGCAGACUGCGAGAAACAACCGCUGUCGUAUCUCACUUUUGCUAACAGAGAUGAUUAUAUUACACCUAGUGUGCGUGAAAAUCAAAGUGACGAUUCUAUGUAAUAAAAUGAUCGUAAAUGCUAAAUUUA